GCUUGCUUCUAUUUCUCCUGAGCGGACUGGAAGGAUCACGAAGUUGCCGAACAGUCACUCCCAGUGCGAAGCGCUCAAUACAAAACGAAGAUACAGACACUUACCUUUGCAUGGUAAUAUCGCAAUACGAACGAGCGCGAAGUGGAAGUACACAAAUCGGAGCGGCACCUUGUAGCACAAGAUAAUACACCACUCCACCAGCUUUGCGCCCACACCACACCUCGAUCGACGGCUAUGGCCGAUUUCCUCACCAACCUUUGGGAGUCUGUGUUCACGCCCGGCACGACUCCAACUCUGCUGGUCGCAACCAACUGUACAUUCGGCGCUCUACAAAUCCUCCUUCUCGGCCUUCUAGCAGCGACCUAUAGCAUACACUUUGCCAUCCUGUCCGUGCUCUGUGGAGGGCUAUGGUAUAGCAUCAACUGGUUCGCCGUAGAAUUGCAAGCCGCGCAGAAAGCCGAAGUAGAAGCCGAGCGACUACGGAAGAAGCGACAGCAAGAGAAAGAAUGGUCGGCAGAAGGUGAUGCUGCAGACGAUGAGGGCGAAAAUACGGAGACUGAAGGUGGUAUGAGGCAGAGCGUGACAAGCUUGGGAGAGCCUGAUGUUGUAUCGAGCAGAGGCGAGCCUGCGAAAGCCGAGAUCAUUGAAGCACUGCGAGCUGCUGCUCAUGCGCCGGUUGGAUCGGGCGAUAGUGCUGCUAGUGGAGUACAGCCUAUCGUGGGAGGGAGCGAGAGCAGGCAGAGGAGGAUAGAUGACUCUGACAAGGCUCCGAGCGAGUUCAGUACAGAUAGUGAGUGGGAGAAGGUCGAUGAGGGGAGAUAGGUGGUUGGCAGGUUGUAGCAGAGAUUGCUAUGUUGUCAUGCGAUCAUCUGAACCAAUGACAUUCGAUGACUCUGAAAUUGAGAAUCAUAUCCUGAGCG